AUGUCAUCAAAACCAAGGUAUUUAAGUGAUUCAGAAAGAGCAAAAGUUUUAGAAUUUCAAGAUAUGAUUCAUUAUAGUCCAAGAUAUAGUGAUGAUACUCAUGAAUAUAGACAUGUAAUGUUACCAAAAAAUAUGCUCAAAAUUAUACCACAAGAUUAUUUUAAUCCAGAAACUGGAACUUUAAGAAUAUUGUUAGAAGAAGAAUGGAGAGGAUUAGGAAUAACUCAAAGUUUGGGGUGGGCUCAUUAUGAAACUCAUGCUCCUGAACCUCAUAUCUUAUUAUUUAAAAGACCUAUUAAUUAUGGUCAAUAA